GUGAACGUGAAUUUGCUGUCAGCGCGUCAGUCGACUCACUCACUUCAAUAUGUGACGCCACACUCCUCUGACUGCCUGAAGCAGUGUUUACUGGCCUAUUUGCGAGCAGUAGGACUUUUGAAAGCCGGCGCCGCCCGUAUAAGCCCGGCCCUUUGAACGCCCAGCACCCUCGUCCUCCGCGGUCCCCCCAGCGACACAGCUCGCCUCCGAUACCAAGCAACAAGCGCACGAAAUACACAUACACGAUGGCUGCUGAAGAGCGAGGAAGGGAGAAGGGCGGUCGGAAAUUGACAAAGAAGCGCAAGGAAUCACGGCGGGUGUCUCUGGACAUCCCGGAGCGCUUCAAAGAUGGAGCCGACGCAGAGGAAGAUGUCACGGCGCCGAAGCGGAGCAAUACCAUGUCGAUGAACCAGUCUCUCUUCUCCAUGAUCGCACGAGCCGGACAGCAGUCGCAAACAGAUCUGGGUACAAUGGAGGAGGUGGACUCUGGAGAGAGCGACACCGAAGACAAGCGGAGAGUCCCAUUCCAUAGCCUGGAUCGUGCAGCACGGAUGAGCCGUCUCAGCUCCGCACAUGAUUUCCAAAGCGCGCUCGAUGGGGGGGACGAUGGCAAAGGAUCCAAGAGCAAGCACCGGAGAGCACUGUCGGAGCACAAGCUAUUGCGCUCACUUCCCAAACUAAAGAUAUCGAGCAGGAAGGAAGCGAAAUCGGAAGCCCACCCUGUGGAUCGUAUGUCAUCUUCCCAGUUCCUACCGCCUCGACCCUCCGAAGACGAGUCUGCCGGGACUUCGCAGGACGAACAGCUGUUGAAGCACAAGUCGAAGGUCACUCCUGGCCAAGAGAUACACAUCGAGAAACGCACUUCUGGCCGUAGAAGUAGGCAUGGCAGCACUGCUGGUGUAGCGAAGGGCAAGACACCAGUCAGUCUUGCGAAGAGAUUGCAGCAGAUAUUUGAGUUUGAGAAUCUCGAGGAAGUCAUUUCAGAAUACCCAUGCUGGCUACUUCAGAGUAUCUUGCUGCAAGGCUACAUGUACAUCACCCAGAAGCACAUAUGCUUUUAUGCGUAUAUCCCGAAGAAGCAUCACGAUGUCAGCAAAACUGGAUAUCUUUCCAAGCGAGGCCGGUCAAAGUACAAUAGGUAUUGGUUCAUACUACGGGGCGACGUGCUCGCGUACUACACAAAUCCAGCAGAACUCUACUUCCCUCGCAACCGUAUCAAUUUGCAGUACGCAAUUUCUGCCGAGGUCCUCGAAACGAAAGACAAGAAUAAGGACGAGACUACAUUUAUCGUCACAACCGACGAAAGGAGGUAUCAGUUCAAGGCUGAUAGUGCAGCGAGCGCAAAAGAAUGGGUGAGGUCGAUCCAGAAAGUCAUAUUCCGAACACACAACGAAGGAAACAGCGUCAAAAUAUCACUGCCUAUUCAGAAUGUUCUGGAGAUUGAGGAGAGCACGAUUCUGGACUUCGCCGACACCGUCAAAGUUCGUGUGAUUGACAAUGACGAGACGUACGCUAUUGAUGAGUAUUUCUUCUCGUUUUUCAACAACGGACAGGAUGCGCUCAACGUUCUGCGCAUCAUGGUCAACGACAAUGAGCACCAUCAGUCGGCGCAUCUCGAUGAUCAAAGCGCCACAACCCCAAAAGCUCCCGGCAUGUCCAGUCAUCGCGACCCCAUUGCAUCCCAAGCAAGCCCUAUCAACCCCCCGUAUAUCGAAGAGAAUGUUCGCGCGACAUUGUCCCCAAUACCGGUGCCCUAUGUUGGACGAUCGAGCAUGAGUGCCGAUUCUCGAUCAAGCCUUGACAUCACGCGAAAGAGCUUCGAAGUUCGACGCAGCAUGGAUGCGAGCCGCGCCCUCCGACGUCCUAGCUACGAGGCCCGCCGUAGCUUCAGCGGUAGUCGUCAUGACAAGCAAUCAAGAAGCCGGCCUGGAGAUAGAUCUCCGUUAUCUACAAAACCACAGGAUUCUUCGGAAUCGGCCACGAACUCGUUCGAUCCCGGCACAGAGUCUUCAGCUGCUGUACAGUCUAUCGAUGACAGCAAUGCGUCUGCUAGCCAAAUACUAAGUCGUUCCGAUGUGUUCCGAGCGCCAGCGCUUCACCCGGGAGUUCCCGCGUCAGACAGUGAUAGUCUUGCGCGACAUUCACAGGAUACCACACGCUCGUCCGGCGCGGGGAAAGCGCACUUGAAGUUACCACGAUCUUCACAGAAGCACACCGGGAGCCCAGGCAACGCCCAGACCCCACUUGGCGCGGCCGACCUGGAGGACGACACAGACGCACAACAGACAAGUGCACGCCUAUCAGGUUCUUCCUCAGCUCUCCAGGACAUCGCCUCUUACCCACUCCAAAAGGCUUCUGGCCUCGCCGGCUUCCUAAGGACAAGGUCGAAGAAAAUGGGUAAUCUACUCGCAACCGAAUCGAUGGGUUACUACGAGAAAGUAUCCGGGAUGCUGGCGGGCGGUCGGAAACAUUACAACACUGCUGAGGGGUUGGAACCUAACGAUCAGGUCCAUGGCUUCGAAGAAGACGAGGACGCGGCUAAAGCCGCGGAGCACUUCCGGGAGCAUUUUGCGUUCCCUGAAUCGGAACAACUGCAGUCAUCCUUCUUCGCCUCACUUCAGCGGGUUCUUCCCAACUAUGGGAAGAUAUAUAUUAGUGGGCGGUACUUUUGCUUUAGGAGCCUAAUGCCCACUUCGAAGACAAAGAUCAUUCUGCCUAUGCGCGAUAUCGAGAAUGUCAAUAAAGAGAAGGGCUUCCGACUUGGGUAUCACGGUCUGGCUGUCGUCAUACGAGGACACGAGGAGCUCUUCUUCGAAUUCUCCAAGGCCGAGUACCGUGACGAGUGCGCCAUUACCAUUCUUCGAAUCUUGGAGAGCACAAAGUACAUCGAAGACGAAAAAUCAUCCUCGAGUGGCGUCGACAGCGAUGAUGAAGCAGCCAAGGCAGAACAUGACCUCUUGCAGGAGGCUAGGAAAGGCACGGACACCGAUGCUCCCAUCAACGUCUCGGAUAUCGUGCGCGUCGCUGAUCAUGAUCGGAUCCCACUCAUUUUUGACGACCCGUUGGCAUCGAUUGUGGACUUCAAGCCUUCGGAGUCUUUGCGGAUUGUGUGUCUGACAAUCGGAUCUCGAGGCGAUGUACAGCCCUAUAUUGCACUCUGCAAGGAGCUCCUCAAGGAGGGUCACAAACCGCGGAUAGCAACCCAUGCCGAGUUCGAGCCUUGGGUGAGAAAGCAUGGCAUAGACUUCGCCCCGGUCGACGGCAACCCCGCAGAGCUCAUGAGAAUUUGCGUCGAGCACGGCAUGUUCACUUAUAACUUUAUGAAAGAAGCCAACUCGAAAUUCCGCGGUUGGCUCGAUGAUGUUUGCAGUUCGGCAUGGAAGGCUUGCCAAGGCGCCGACGUCCUGAUCGAGAGCCCCAGUGCCAUGGCUGGUAUUCACAUCGCUGAAGCUUUGGAGAUCCCAUACUUCCGCGCGUUCACAAUGCCAUGGACCCGUACCCGUGCAUACCCCCAUGCUUUCUCGGUUCUGGAGAAGAAGAUGGGCGGCGGCUACAACAGCAUCACUUACAUCACCUUCGAUGCUAUAUUCUGGACGGCUAUAUCCGGCCAAAUCAACAAGUGGCGGCGCCGCGAGCUAGGUCUUCAGAACACGUCUCAGGCCAAGAUGCAAGCGAAUCUUCGACCGUUCUUGUACAACUUCAGCCCCUCGGUUGUUCCGCCGCCAUUGGACUGGCCAGACUGGAUCCGCGUUACUGGCUACUGGUUCCUUGACGAGGGUGAUACAUACGAGCCUCCAUCAGAUCUUGUCGGCUUCAUUGAGAAAGCUCGUGGGGACAACAAAAAGCUUGUAUAUGUAGGAUUUGGCUCCAUCGUCAUCGACGACCCAGCCGCUCUCACUAAGACCGUUGUGGACUCUGUCUUGAAGGCAGAUGUGCGUUGCAUUCUUUCCAAGGGCUGGUCUGAUAGACUAGGGACCAAGGAUGCUUCCAAGCCCGAGGUCCCUCUGCCACCGGAAAUCUUCCAGAUCCAGGCAGCACCCCACGACUGGCUCUUCACGCAGAUGGAUGCAGCUGUCCACCACGGCGGAUCAGGCACCACGGGAGCAAGUUUGCGGGCAGGUAUCCCCACGAUCAUCAAGCCCUUCUUCGGCGACCAGUAUUUCUUUGCGCAGCGCGUCGAGGACCUUGGCGUCGGUAUCUGGCUCAAGAAGGUCAACACCAGCGUGCUUAGCCGGGCUCUAUGGGAGGCCACUAACAGCCAACGGAUGAUUGUCAAAGCCAAGGUCCUCGGACAGAAGAUUCGCAAGGACAACGGCACCCAAAUCGCCAUUCAGACAAUGUACCGCGAGUUAGACCGAGCAAAGUCGCUCGUCAAGAAGCACACAAAGCAAGAUGAGGACAACACAGACGAAUUCGAAGAAGACUGGACCAUUGUCGGGGAGGACGAGGAAGUGGACAUCUCACACCCUUUUGAGAUCCGCGAGCCUAUCACGGGGAUCGGCCAAGAUGCAUCACGCACCGGCGGUGGAGCCUUGGCGUUGGGCAGCAUGGUGUUGAAAGGCGCAACCGCAUCGAAGCGUAACUCGGAGUCUGCAUAUAGAGGUUAAGCGUCGGCAUAGGGGUGCUCUCUCUCCUUGGUAAUUUGCCUCUACCAUUUAGACAUGAUAGCGACCACGACGGCAUGAUGGAUUUCCACCAAUUUGCAUAGAUACCUCGGAGCGCUGGGUUAUUACAUAAUGAGCUGGUAGAUAUUUGAUUCGGAGUAAUAGUGGAGUGUGGGUGUCGGGACCGGGAAUAGCCUCGGGGCCAUGCCUAUCGAGUCAUGUGAAUCCAUACGGUUCUACGUUUCAGAUUGUAUAGGGCUGGGAGUUUUGCUGCUUCUACUGGGAUUCGGUGGAGUCAUCAGGUGCGCAAAGCGGUACCCAGGUAGCUGCCUGAACUAGCUUGAGCAGGCCGUGAAAGAUAAAAGGAAC